CUGCCCUGCGUUCCGACCUCGUUGUCUGUAUCGCAGGUGGAGAUGGCGGACCAGGAGAUCGCCCAGGGCCGUGACGCCUGCUUUAGGGUGAAGGUCUCCGGGGAGCCCGCGCCGUCCGUCUCGUGGUACAAGGACAACGUGUGGAUCCAUGAGGACGCUCGGCACCACGUCCGCGAGGAGGCGCGCUCCGUCUCCUCGCUCUCCGUGCUCCGGGUGGCGGCACCGGACGCCGGCACCUACAGCUGCCGGGCCGUGAACUCGGCCGGCACGCGGCAGUGCCAGGCCCGCCUGGAGGUCACAGCAGAGGCGGCGUGGGAGGAGGGCCCCGUGCGGGCCGUCACCGCCCCGGCCGCCAUUCCCCCGGCGCUGCCUGCGGACGCUGACAGCGACGAGCAGGGCGAUACGAAACUUGGGGCGGAUCCCGGAGGAGAGGGAGUCGGACCCGGAGCUGGGGGUGCUGCCCGAUUUCGCUCGGCCGCUGCUGGACCUCGAGGUGGCCGAGGGCGCCACGGCCACGUUCGAGUGCUUCGUGUCCGGCCACCCCAGGCCGGCCGUCGCCUGGUUCCGCCAGGGCCAGCGUGUCGAGCCGUCCAGCGGCGUGAUCAUGGAAGACGGUCAGUGUCGUGCUCCUCACGCGUACCGAUGUCCGGCGUGCCGUGCGCGUCGUGUACGCGUCGCGACGUCACGUCCACGUCACAGUGGCGAGUUGUUAACGACCUCGCCUGGUGUGCAGGAGGUCGUGGAUUUGAUUCUGACCCUGACGACUGCUGCUGCUGUAUAUUUGGAGAGUGCGUGUCUCUCUCUCCCCACGGUCACGUGGAUUUUUCCCCCCAGUCCUCCAGUUUUUCCUUCCACAUUUAUAACCAACACGCGUUUUAGGUCACUUCUGAAAAAGAGCUUUAGCGCUCAGUGGGCCUUACCUGGUAAAAUAAAAAAGUUUCGUUUAGUAUCACGUGGUGAUGAACGGUGCACGUGCAUCCCGAGAUCCCACCGGAGUGCUGUACAGCAAAAACCGUAAACACCAAAAGUGUUUGUGAGCGCCAAUUCGUGUCCUACGCACAUCCACAGUACACCCCUUUUCGUGGGUCCACUGCUGGAUGAGGGCCCUCCCCAUACCAAUGUGGGUCGUGAGGGUCAUUUGACCAUACUUCACCAUGCUGGCCAGUGCGGGUUAGUGAAGGCGGGGAGUGUAGAAGUUGGGGCAUAGUACAGUACAACAGUGGGUUUUGCGUAACCGCCCAUCCGCUGACAACGUGACCCCGCAGCAUCCCACGCCGCCUGUAUUGCGCGCGACGGUCGCCCAUCCGAGGGCUAUCCAGGCUCCGUCCCGCUCAGCCCCUGAUACGUGCCGACACCGGACGUGGGCCGUGUGCUCUGGCCCUGGACCCCGCGCUCUCGGCAUC